CUUAUCCAACCUGUUUUCUAGGUUUCCUAGAUCUAGAAGAAAGGCUGAGUUAGAGUACCCUUCCAAAAUGGCUGCUAUUAAGGAAGAGAGAGAGGUGGAAGAUUACAAGAGAAAAGGAAGACGAUCAUCACAGCAGAAAUACCGUAGACUGAAUAAGGGCCAUGAGCCUAAGGAGCCAGAGCAGUUGAGAAAGCUGUUCAUUGGAGGUCUGAGCUUUGAAACAACAGAUGAUAGCUUGAGAGAGCACUUUGAAAAAUGGGGCACACUCACGGACUGUGUGGUGAUGAGAGACCCACAAACAAAACGUUCCAGAGGCUUUGGCUUUGUUACUUACUCUUGUGUGGAAGAGGUGGAUGCAGCCAUGAGUGCUCGACCACAUAAGGUUGAUGGACGUGUGGUUGAACCAAAGAGAGCAGUUUCAAGGGAGGAUUCUGUAAAGCCCGGGGCGCAUCUCACAGUAAAGAAAAUAUUUGUUGGUGGCAUUAAAGAAGAUACAGAAGAAUAUAAUUUAAGGGAGUACUUUGAAAAAUAUGGCAAGAUCGAAACGAUAGAAGUCAUGGAAGACAGGCAAAGUGGAAAAAAAAGAGGCUUCGCUUUUGUAACUUUUGAUGAUCAUGAUACAGUUGAUAAAAUUGUUGUUCAGAAAUACCAUACUAUAAAUGGUCAUAACUGCGAAGUGAAAAAAGCACUCUCAAAACAAGAGAUGCAGACUGCCAGCUCUCAGAGAGUAAAAUACUUUGCAGGUCGUGGGGGUGGUUCCGGCAACUUCAUGGGUCGUGGAAAUUUUGGAGGUGGUGGAGGAAACUUUGGCCGAGGAGGAAACUUUGGUGGAAGAGGAGGCUAUGGGGGUGGUGGUGGCGGUGGUGGGAGCAGAGGAAGCUUUGGGGGUGGUGACGGAUACAAUGGAUUUGGUGAUGGUGGCAACUAUGGAGGUGGUCCUGGCUAUGGCAGCAGAGGGGGUUAUGGUGGUGGUGGAGGACCAGGAUAUGGAAACCCAGGUGGUGGAUAUGGAGGUGGAGGAGGAGGAUAUGAUGGCUACAAUGAAGGAGGAAAUUUUGGAGGUGGUAAUUAUGGUGGCAGUGGAAACUACAAUGACUUUGGUAACUACAGUGGACAGCAGCAGUCCAAUUACGGUCCCAUGAAAGGUGGUGGCAGCUUUGGUGGUAGAAGUUCAGGCAGUCCCUAUGGUGGUGGUUAUGGAUCUGGAAGUGGAAGUGGGGGCUAUGGUGGUAGAAGAUUCUAAAAAUGCUACCAGAAAAAGGGUUGAAUGAGAAGCUGCUGCUUGACAAAAUGGGGAAUGUCUUGCACAUCCUCUUCCAUUGAAGGUUUCUGACUGGGUAAGAUUGUAGUGCAUAGUAAAAUGUGUUUAUUGCUUAUUUCCUUCUAGGCUUUCCCUGACCAGCCUUUUGAUAGCAGGGAAAGCCUUAAGUAUAAAGGAGCAAGUGUUCCAAAGUAUGUCAUCCACUGUUUCUUGUUCUGGAUUAGGGGUGUUGGCUGACAUAAUUGCUGUUCAAGAAUCUUCCGUUCCUGGCAGGUACAAUAAUGCUAUGUCAGAGAUCAACAAAACAAAUGAUAAAUGGUUUUAAAUAUGUGCUCUAAUUACCAUUAGGAGUGCACUGUCUUUUUUUUUUUUUUUUUUGAGAACGUGUUCUUGAAACCCAGUGUGACAUAGAAGGGCUAGGAUAUGUAAGCUGUUCAUCACAGCUUAGUCCUGAGUAGUUCUGUGCUAUCCUGAAGCUCUAAUUGGCAUUAAGACAUUCUGCAUUUAUGUGACCAAUGAUUUUCCUUCCUAAUAAAUGCCUUGCCUUACCAAGCGAGGUUGUACUUAAACAUAGAGUUCCCUUUCAGAUGUUUUGGUGCUUUCAGGGUAGGUUUGUGGAGGCUAAUAUUUUGAAGUGAUACCCAGCUGAAAGCACCACUGUAUAUGGAUAAAUAGCAAUGAAAUUAAUUCAUGGAUUUUUUUUUAUUUAUUUUUUUUUUGUGCAUGUGGGUUCUUAACUCUUGGAAUGUGUAUUUCCUAUUCUGCUGUAUCCCAGGACUGUGUCCCAUACCUGUAAGAGUCUGUAAUUUAAAAAGUCCUUUGGAUAGUAGUUAACUAUUUGAACUUCUCAAUACCUCUUUGCAUCUUUGCAGUAUUUUUGAAAAGUCUGUUUCUAUUUUAGUGUUUUUAUGCUUAACUUGCUCAGAACAAGUCAAAUGGAAUAUAUGCAAUUCAGGACUUCGCUGUACUGCAGACUGAUUCCAGUAGCUGAACUUGCUAGCAGCUGUCUGAACAGCUAGAAAGCAAACUUCAUGUUGAAACACAUACAAUCAGAGGUUAACUUGAAGUAUUUUUACAAUGGUAAUGUGCAGAUUUCAUAUAAUCAGGAGACACUUAGUAAAUGGAGAUCUCAUAGUGAGUAUAUACUUAAAUAAAAUGUUGACAAAUGUUUUUACUUAGUCAGGGUUGAGCCAAAUUUAAACCUGCUGCAUGAGAUCACAGUCUCCUUAGUAUAGCAUACUAGGUAGCUUGUUACAGAUGACUUGCUUGCUGUCUUACCUAGAGGUGAAAAACACCUUAGUUUUCUCUCUGCUAUGCAGUGUUGCCCUUCUGAGAUGAUGUAGUCACUCAAUGCCACAAGUCACCCAGGGAAAGCAUUCAUGUGCUCACUUUAUACAAAGGUAUUUGCCCAUUAGGGGAAGGGUGGCAAUUUUUUAAAAGGAAAGAUCUUGGAAAAAUGAGUAAGUUUUACUGAACAAAAAUUUCUAGCUUGUAUUCCAUUACUCAGUACAGCAGCCUAGUAAAGCCUUACCCCCCCAUACUGUGGUUUUUAGUUCUUUUUUGCACCAAGUGUGUGCAAGAAGAUACUCCUCGAGUUACCUUUGCAUUUGAUUUUAUAGCACUCCUAUUAAAUUGAUUGGCUUCAGUUACGCAUAUCCCAUUGGUUGUGGGUUUUUUUGUUUGUUUGUUUUGCUUUUCUUUCAGAAAUAAAACUUCUCAAAGAUGAUCAAAUCCUUAAGGCAUAUUUGAUCAAGCAUAUUUUUGCCCAAGAAACACUUCCAAGAGUAAAGAACAUUAUUUCAUGGCUAUUUUUCUCUAGCAGCUGUAAAUGGAGAUGUAAAGAUGUGAAAAUAAAGUUGCAAAGUAUUGCAGUUCUGUAGAAACUUACUAAAUACCUAAAACUGCAUGUUAACUUGAAAGCUAUUUGUCCUUCCAGGUAGUAAACGUAUUUGCCCAAAAUGAGCCCAGGCUGAUGCAGAUGUGAUAAACUGUUUUUAGACAAUACCGAAACAACAUGGCAUCUUAACUUUGAUAUCCUUUGAAUAUUUUAAUAUGGGAAUGGGAAUGCUCCUCCUCUAAGUAUUGCUUGUGUGAUGUACUGACUUACUGGUUUUGCUUCCUGUAUUGAAGCCAUUAACUUUUAUUCACAGACUGCAUUACAAUGGAGUAUUCACAUACCAGUCUGUGUUCUCUGACAAAUAUUUGUAUCUUGUGUAUCAUGAAAGAUCUUGAGUAUCACUAAAAUGCAGAUAUCUGAUGGAUGGAUUCUUUUUCUGCUGUGGGUGCUACAGGUUGACAUCUCUGUCUAAGAUUAGCUUUUUCCUCAUCUAAAAAUCCAAGUAUCUCCAUAGAAGAAAAAUGACCUUCAUGUAGAAGACAAUAUUGCAAGAUUGGAAACAGAAUAAUAUAUUAAAAUAACUGGCAAAGACUUCAAGAGCAAUGGUGCUAGUAUGGUGAUAUCUGAACCUUGUGGUUAAACAAGUUAAAAAAAUAUGGAAAUGAAAAUUUCAGUAUAGUCCAUAAUGGAUUGAAAUGUUAAAAUAUUUCAUUUUUGUAUCAAAAUAAAGUGUACGUUGUCAAAUGACUCACAAUCUUAAA